AUGAUCUUGCUUCCAGCAGCACCACGCUGGAGAUCCUCAUCUGUGACGACGGCAGCAGCGAUGGCUCCGAGAGGUGGCUCCAGGCCCUCGAAGCGCAGAGCCAAGAGAGCCAAGAGAGCCANNGAGAGCCAGGCUGAGGAGGGGAUCCUCCUGCCGGAGGAGCGAGCGGAGGAGCAAGCGGAGGAGGAGGAGCGGGCCUUUGUCCAGCAGGUCCCGUGGCCGGGUGAGGAUGGGCGCACCCCAACGCCUGCCGCGGUCGCGGCCAAGCUCCAAAGCGCCGGACAUCGUUUGGUUGUGCUGAGCAGCGGCGGGCGCGGCCAAGGAGCAGCGCAGAAUGCUUGCCUGGAGGCUGCCAGCUCCCCUCUGAUCGGUCUGAUGGAUGCAGACGACCGAGGGGACCCGGAGCGCUUUGCACGGCUUCUGGAAGCCCUCAAGAAGAACCCGGACUGGGACGGAGCCUGCAGUGCAGUGCGCAUCUUUGGCUCUGUCUCCGAGGGCAUGGCACGCUACGUGCAGUGGCAGAACAGCCUGCAGGAGCCGGAGGAAGUGAUGCUGAAUCGCUUCGUGGAAAUACCUGGCUUGCACCAGUCAGGGCUUUACCCAAGGUCAUUGCUCUGGGACAAGUUGCAGGGCUAUCGAGACCUCCCCGGCUGGCCGAUCGACAUCGACACUUGGAUGCGCCUGGCAGAGUCAGGAGCCCGCAUUGGCAAGGUACGGGACGAACUCUACGGCUGGCGCCAGCAUGUGCUUCAGAGUACAAGGAACCAUGGCCGCUGCGGCCUCGAGCGGCUCCGAAUCUGCAAGGCUCACUUCCUGCUCCGCUCCCUGCCACCACAGGUGCGCCGUCUGGAAAUCUGGAGUACUGGCCACACUCUCAACAGCUGGAGCGAGACGCUCCAGGCGCAGAUCCACGCCUUGGCCGAAUCUGAAGACAAGGAGCACGUCUCUGUGACGGAGCUUUUGCUGGUCUCUUGGCGGCCCAAAGGCGGCCGUCGGGGAGGUGCAGCUCGAAAAGCUCCAGAGGGCGGCGGAGGUGCUGCAGCACGGGCCACGGUCACGACUGCAGCUGAAGACGAAGCGGCUGAAGCCCACAGCACAGGAAGCUUCAAGGCCCAGGGUGCGAAGCGAGAGCGCCAGAAGCUGGAGAUCAGCGUGCUGACGACGGAACGCACAACGCCGCCACCCCCGAUACCACUGGAGUCGGACAGCGAGUCCGAGUUCGUGGCCCGAGUCUUUGCGUUCGGCAGCGACAAGUUGCGGGAAAAGGCCCGGCAGAGCAUCGAGACCGGCAGAGGACAAGGAGGCUGCGCGCUGGCACCCCGCGUGUCUCGCUGGGGUCGCUUGGAUUGGCCUUCUGCGUGA